AUGGAUCUUGUGGAUUUUGUACACCAUUAUGAGGAUAAAAUAGAAGAAAUGCGACUAGCUGAGUUGGAAGAAGACUUCCGUUGCAAGAAUGGCAUGCCUCAUCUCAAAGUAAAGAGUGGAAUUUUUAAGCAUGCAGCUAGUGAGUAUACAAUGAAAAUAUUUUCAUUUUUUGAACAAGAGCUUAUAAGUUUCUUUGGAGUAAGGAUGACUGAAUUUAGUAACAAUGGUAUUGAUUAUAUUUAUGAAGCAUUUGAAGAAGGUUGCAAAAGGAUCUUUAAAGUUCAGUUUAGCUCUCUUACUUCUACAGUUUCAUGUUCAUGUAAAUUAUUUGAAUCAAUGGGAUUAUUGUGUUGUCAUGCUCUUAAAGUGAUAGAUUCAAAAAAUUUUACAUGUAUACCUAAACAAUAUAUAAUGAAGAGAUGGACCAAAGGAGCAAAAAAGGAAGUUGUGGGUAGUUAUGAUUUAUCUUACUCAUCUGAUAAAGAGAAGAAAUCUGCACAAUCAUUGCGUUUGAGUGAGUUGUUGCAUCAAGGAAAUUUUGCUUUUAGUGUAGGUUCCCUAAGUGAUUUGGGAACAAAGAUAAUCAAACAAAAGUUAAUGGAAGCCUUGAAGAUACUUGAAAAUGAUGAGGAAAUUGCAAAUGUGAUGGGAAACUUGAACAAAAGAGAUAACAAUAUAUCAUCCAAUGAGUGUUUGGUGCUAAAUCCCUCAAUAAUAAGAGCUAAAGAUGUGACAAAUGCUCGAAUCAAAAAUAGCUUGGAGAACAAGAAAAAGAAAAGUGCAAAAGUUGGGGGUUCAUCUCAAUCUUCAAGGCCUAAUACUAUGAGUUUUGAAACACCACAACAGCAGCAUGACAUGCAGAAACAUGCCAACAGCAGCAGCACGGCAGUAACACAGCACCAAUACAGCAGCAAUAUGCCAGCAGCACGGCAGCACCAGCAGCAACACAGAGGCACCAACAGCAACAAUGGCAGCACCAGCAGCUGUAACAGCAAGCUUAAAGCAGCAGCAACUUCAGCAUGA